AUGGCAUCUGCAACACUUACUACGGAGCAAUACCCCCCUCGGCUUUCUCAGCCAGAGCAGGAUGCGCUCGUGCAUACCAUCAAGGAUUGGGCGAUUGGCAACGGCUUGUCUGUUCGACCACCUCCCGCCGUUGUUUCAGCGGAUGUAGACCCGAAGGGAAUCCUGGCAGUCAACGUGCCAGUCACGCUUUUCCCCAGCCCAUUCCCCAAGCAGUGCUUUGCACAAGCGCGGUCAGUUCAGAAGACCUACAACGAGCUGUAUGCCGCCAUCAGUAGGGACGAAGAGUUUCUGAGCGAGAUGGUCAAUGAGGUAAAGAGCGGCGACGACUUCAUCGGCAAACUUUGGGAUACUCAUUUGAGAGUGAAGAAGGAGGGCUACACCCAGAACCUUUCACUCGGGUUAUUCAGGUCCGAUUACCUUGUUCACCAGGAUGUCUCAUCAGGUCAACCCAAGCGCCAGGUGAAGCAAGUUGAGUUCAACACGAUAGCUGCGUCCUUCGGCGGUCUCUCGUCUCGUACUUCGCUCCUCCACAAGUUUCUCUCUGUCUCUGAGUACCCCCUGCUGAACCGCUCUAUUGAGUCAGGCUCUCUGGAUUUGCCAGAGAACCAGAGUGCCCAGGGUCUUGCAGGCGGCAUCCGCGCUGCCUUCGACCAGUACGGCCCCUCGGAACUCGGCUACACGAAGUGUGUAAUCUUUGUUGUACAAGGUGGCGAGCGCAACAUUUUCGACCAGCGGCAUCUCGAGUAUGCACUCAUCAGCUCUCCUAACCCGGUCCAGGUGUUUCGCAUUCCUUUCUCAGAGCUACUCAAGCAUACCGAAAUCGCAAACACGCCCAAGCGUCAGCUGCUUUACAAAGUGCCUAGAGAUCCCUCAAAGGUCUUUGAGGUCGCUGUUUCAUACCUUCGAUGCUGGUAUGAUCCGUCGGACUAUCCCGACGAGAGCACAUGGGAGGCUCGCUAUCACCUGGAGAGGUCAUCCGCAAUCAAGUGUCCUACUGUCUUGACCCAGUUGGCAGGCAGCAAGAAGAUUCAACAAGUUCUAGCAACGCCGAGAUCUGGAUCGUCUCCUUCAGUUUUGGGUCGCUUCAUUGCCGAUGACUCCCCUCAGACCGCAGAGGUGUGGCAGACCUUCACCAACAUCUUCCCCAUGGACGAUUCCGAGGCUGGUCUCAAGGCGCGCAAGAUCGCCCAGGAUCCCGAACUGUGCAAGAACUACGUCCUGAAACCCCAGAGGGAAGGCGGUGGAAACAACCACUACCGCGAGGACAUUCCCGAAUUCUUAAAGAAGACCCCCGAGUCUCAUUGGGGGUCAUAUAUCCUGAUGGAGCUGAUCACCCCACCUAAGCAGGACAAUAUCAUUCUCCGCAACGGUAACCUUGAGGAGGGUGGUGUUAUCUGCGAACUGGGCAUCUACGGGACGGCGGUAUGGAACCAGGGCACGGGAGAGAUAGUGCACAACGAGGAGGCCGGCUACUUGCUCCGCACCAAGGGCGACACGAGCAAUGAGGGCGGAGUCGCGGCUGGCUUCGGGUGCAUGGACAGUUGUACUCUUGUUUGA